AUGCAUCUGUCCACUGGCACUCUUGUCACGGCCCUCCUGGCCGCAGCCGUCCAGGAUGUGGCCGCAGCUGCGCAGAACGACGGCUACCACAUCCAGACAGUCGCCAACCCUCCGCGCGCCAGGAGUUUGACUGACGAUGCCACCGCGACCGCGGCAGUUGAUUCCUCUACUGUCGAGACGUCAGCCACCAUUGAGACAUCGUCGGUCCUCGACACAUCAGCAGCCAUCGAAACUUCGGCCAUUGCUGCGACUUCAUCAGCCCUCGUGUCUCCUCCUCUCGCGCCGCUUGUGCCGCCCGACAGCCCUUCUGCCAUUGUUCCCCCUUCCAUUGUGACGUCUGCCCUAACUACGUCAGCGGCUCUUUCGUCGACCACAUCGGUCCUCACCUCUGCCAGCCCGGCCUUUAGUGCGACUGCGACUGCGACUGCGACUGCGACCACUUCUCAAGCACAAGCAGGGACAGCAUCGACCUCCAGUGCCGCUGCCGUUUUCACCCCCCUGCCCAUCACCACCUCGGUUGCCGUAGCAACCCCCAUCCCUCCCGAGGUCCUCUCCUCUCUUCAGUCCAGCGCUUCUGAGGCUGCUUCAUCCGCUGCUUCUGCCAACGAAGAGGCGGCGAGAGGAGGCCUAAAGCAGCCACCUGGUUUGCAGAAUGGCGCCCCUGGCUCACUACUGCCCCUACCCGGUCUGGUCAAUGCCCCAGUUUCGCUCCAGCCUCUGCCGGGACUGACCCUGACCACUGGCACUGAGACGGAAACAACGGAGACAACGCCCACCACUACGGACUCUUCUGCCAUCGAGACAGGUACUGAUGCAACAACCACCUCUGACGUAGACUCAGAGACUUCUACAGGGCUGCUGCAGCUUCCUGGUUUCAUCAACACCACACCGGCCUCUCUGGCGCCGCUGCCCACUCUCGACACAGAUACUCCAGUCAUCGGCGUCAUCGUGGAUGACAGUUCAUCCACCGAGACCAGCGAGCUUGAAAGCUCGACUUCGACCUCCGACUCCUCGACUGAGACGCCUACCACAACUGCUCGCAUCGGCUUCUUCACCCCCAUCCUCAUCAGUUCCACGACCACAAGCGCGACAGAUUCCUCGACUACUGACGCUGCUGUCAUCGGUUCCUUCACGCCGAUUGGCACCGGCAUCAUUGGAACCGGCGCCCUGACUUCUUCGUUUGCCAUCCCGACCGAAAGUGCUUUCUUUCCCUUCCCAAACAGCACUGCGACUACUGCUGCUGGCGGCGUGCUCACCCCGCUCCCUGGCGUUGCUGCCCCGACCGGCUCGCUCUUGUCUCCGGGCGUCAGCGGCACUGCAACAGAUGGUGAUGGUGUCUUGCAGCCAUUGCCCACGGAUAGUGUUGCCAUCACGGCUACUGAUGGCACCUUGCUGCCUCUUCCUACUGACACCCUGGAUACCACCGGUACCGGCUCGCUGCAGCCUCUUCCCACUGAUAGCCUGGAUACCACCGGCACCGGCUCGCUGAAGCCUCUGCCCACUGACGGCAUCGACACUACUGCUACGGAUGGUUCACUCCAGCCGCUUCCCACUUCUGGAGUCGAUACUUCCGCCACCGCUACUGGCACCGAUGCCCAGUCGCCGCCUCUAACCACCAAUUCUAUCGCCACUGGCACCGGCUUCAUCCUCGCCCCAACAGACGUGUCCUCUUUCCUUACCUCCAUUCUCAGUGCUUCUUCCUCGGCCUCUGUUCAGCUGACUACCCUCACUACCGUCAGCAAUGGUGUCACUCAGACACUAGUGACUAGCGCCACGGCCGCCGCCGCCGUGCAGACUGGCAUUGGCGGCAUCAACGUCGACACCAACGAGGCGGACACGACGACCGAUUCGCUCACCACUGGCGCUGGCACGGAGAGUGUGGAUCGGAGGAAGGGCUUGUGGAUGGCCUUGGUGAUGGGAGCAGUCGGUGUUUUUGCCGGCCUGCUUAUGUAA